CUGCAACUGCGCAUGCGCGCGUGUCAGAUGGGACGUAAACAAGCUAAGGAAGUGCAGCUGUUACAUUGAUCAUAGCAGGUGACAUGGAGAGGUGAUGCGUCACCAGAGCGAACAGCCAAUCCCAGGGCUUUGUGCUGCGAGGAGCCAAUAGCAGGGCAGUGCAGAGAUGACGGAGUGCUUCCUGCCACCCAGUAGCAGCCCUGCAGAGCAGAGGAGGGCGGAGCAUCCUGGGGGCGUGGCUCGUACCCCGAGCUCCGAAGAGAUCAGCCCCACUAAGUUCCCAGGUCUGUACCGUACAGGCGACCCUUCACCCCCUCACGACGGACACCACCAUGAGCCGCCCGAUGCGGUGUCCGAUGACGAGAAGGAGCACAACAAGAAGAAAAACAAGUUUAAGAAGAAGGAGAAACGCACCGAGGGAUACGCUGCUUUCCAGGAGGACAGCUCUGCCGAUGAGGCCGAGAGCCCGUCUAAGAUGAAGCGCUCCAAGGGCAUCCACGUCUUCAAGAAGCCCAGUUUCUCCAAGAAGAAAGAAAAGGAUUUCAAAGUGAAGGAGAAGGGACCUAAAGAGGAGAAGGCCAAGGACAAGAAGUCCAAAGACCUCACAGCAGCGGACGUCGUGAAACAGUGGAAAGAGAAGAAAAAGAAGAAAAAGCCAAGCACUGAGCCUGAACCCGUCAUCACGGAGACGACAACGACGUUCCGGCCGAUCUUCGGAGCGCCUUUAGUAGAAGCGGUGCGGAGAACGGCGCUGUAUGAUGGGAUACAGCUCCCGGCCAUCUUCAGAGAGUGUGUGGACUACAUCGAGAGCUACGGCAUGAAAUGUGAAGGCAUCUAUCGUGUCUCUGGUAUGAAGUCUAAGGUUGACGAGCUGAAAGCAGCGUACGACCGCGAGGAGUGUCCAUGUCUGGAGGAGUAUGAUCCACACACAGUGGCCAGCCUGUUGAAGCAGUACCUGCGAGAGCUGCCCGAUAACCUGCUGGGUAAAGAACUGACCCCACGCUUCGAGGAGGCCUGCGGGCGGCCCAGCGAGGCAGAGAAGCUGCAGGAGUUUCAGAGGCUCCUGGGGGAGGUGCCUGCGGGGAGCAGACUCCUCCUGGCCUGGCUCAUCACUCACAUGGACCACGUCAUUGCCCGCGAAAUCGACACCAAGAUGAACAUCCAAAACAUCUCUAUUGUACUUAAUCCCACCGUACAGAUCAGUAACCGUGUGCUGUACGUGUUUUUCACACACGUCCGUGAGAUGUUCGGUGAUGUGGUUCUGAAGCCGGUCGUCCAUCCACUGCGCUGGUCCAAUAUGGCCACCAUGCCAACCCUACCUGAGACCCAGGAGAGCAUUAAAGAGGAGAUCCGCAGACAGGAGUUCCUCUUGAACCGUCUGCACAGAGAUCUGCAGGCCGGUGUGAAGGAUCUGUCGAAGGAGGAGAGACUCUGGGAGGUGCAGCGGAUCGUCACCGCGCUGAAACGUAAACUCCGCGAGGCCAAGAGACAGGAGUGCGAGACUAAAAUCGCACAGGAAAUCGCUAGCCUGUCUAAAGAGGACGUAUCAAAGGAGGAGAUGUCUGAGAACGAGGAGGAAGUCAUUAAUCUUCUCCUGGCUCAGGAGAACGAGAUCCUAACCGAGCAGGAGGAACUGAUAUCACUGGAGCAGGUGCUGCGGCGGCAAAUCGCCACAGAGAAAGAAGAAAUUGAACGACUGCGCGCGGAGAUCGCAGAUAUACAAAGCCGUCAGCAGGGUCGCAGUGAAACAGAGGAGUAUUCAUCAGAUAGCGAGAGCGAGAGUGAAGAUGAAGAGGAACUGCAGAUGAUUCUAGAAGACCUGCAGAAACAGAAUGAAGAACUAGAGAAUAAAAACACUCAUCUGAAUCAGGCCAUUCAUGAGGAACAGGAGGCCAUAUUGGAACUGCGUGUUCAGCUCCGCCUCCUUCAGAGUCACAAGCUACAGCAGCAGGAGCUCACAGCCCCACCUUCUGCCGAACAGGCCCCGCCCUGCCAGCCCAGCCCAGAGGAACGAUCCAGAGGGGAUGAGCCAAUCAAACGUGCCGCAGCAGUCGCCAUGGAAUCCACUGCCUCUACAGCUGCUGCCUCAACCAAUGGAAAGCCUGGAAAAGAUGCUAUGAAGCCAUCGCCCAGCAAAGACAAGAGAGAGGCCAACCUGUAAACCAUCUGACCCUCACUACAUCCAUUAAACUCUUCACCUGUGCUUGUGUUUGCUUAUCACAUAACUGUGACAUCUUGGGUCAAGGGUCAGCAAGGUGAAGUGAGAUGUUCAUUACACUGGGAGAAAACUGGACAGCAGAGAACAGAGGCUAGAUGUGAUCGGAGGCUAGUAGGUCUAAAGAGAGGCGAGUGUGGGAAACAUUUCUGAUUGGUCAUUUUCACAAUGGACUGAAAUUGGAUUCUUUUGACACGUUUAAGUUUGUAUGUGAAGUUGCAACAGCACAAUCAGAUCUUUGUGAGUGCUCAGAUUUAUCAGAUCUGCCCUUUGACCCGGGCCUGAAAGGACAGGGUAAUUCUCUUCCAAACAGUUAAGAGUAUUAGGGGUUUUUGUUUAAAAAUCCUAUGUUUGCAAACAAGUGAAUAUCAUCUGUCCAGGUCACAUUGCACCCCACGAUCCUAAGAAAAAAAUAAAAAAUUAUAUUUUGCAUGAAGAAAAUGAAGCAUAUUUUUAGGACUAUUAAUAUUUUUUGCAUUAUAAAAUUAUUAGCAUGACUAUUAAGCACAUUUUCCCAGAAUUCUCAUUACCUUAAUGCAAAUAAAACAUCAUUCUCAUUACUGAAAUGUGAAAAAAUAAUUAAUGUAUUAUUAUUAAAUUAGAAAGUAUACAUCAGCAUUAUUUGUUGUACUGCCUUAAUGCUGAUUUAAAUUUAAAAUGAUUCAAUUAUAGUAAUUUAGGGGCAAAUAGUUCUUAAUAGUUAUGAAAAUAAUGCCAUAAUGCAAAAAAAAAUCAUAAUGGUCCUAAAACUAGUUUGUACGGCGCACAAUUUACUAAUUCAUUCCCUCGAUUCACUAAAUUGUUCUCUCGAUUUACUAUUUCGUUCCCUUGAUUUACUAAAUCGUGCGCACGAUUUACUAAUUCAUUCCCUCGAUUUGCUAAAUUGUGCAAACAAUUUACUAUUUCGUUCCCUUAAUUUACUAAAUUGUGCGCACGAUUUACUAUUUCGUUCCCUUGUUUUGCUAAAUCGUGCAGACGAUUUACUAUUUUGUUCCCUUUGAUUCACUAAAUUGUACGCACGAUUUACUAUUUUGUUCCCUCGAUACACUAAAUCGUGCGCACAAUUGACUAUUUUGUUCCCUCGAUUUACUAAAACGAUUUACGCACUUUUUUUUUUUUUUUUUUUUUUUUAACUUUUUUCCCCUUGCAUGUCAUGUGCAGGGCUCCAUAAGUUUGCAUUUUCUUCAUGCAAAAAUAUUUUUCCGUUUCAUUUUGGGUUGUAAUGUAACCUCUGGACAUCUUUUCAUAUUAUUCACCUAAGCAUUUCAAGAAACUAAGCCAUGAAAUAUUGAGCAUAAUAGGAUGUUAUGAUGCAGCAAAUGUGAUUGCAACCUGUGUGAAAGCGACAAACAUCCGUAUCUUCAUGUGACAUUCAGUGCAAAAACUGCAAUCAUCAUUUUUGACGCCUGGCUUAGCAUGCAGGUUUACCUUAUUGGUUAUUAUUAACAAAUGAUUCACUUUUUAUUUAUGCAGUUUAGCUUAUAAUUAAAUUGCAAAUGGGAAAGUAUGCCGAGAAGUAUCCUGGAUGUCUAUUACCAAUGCGGAAAAAAAUCAUAGUUGGCUGCCAGUUCUCCUGUUGUAGGUCAAGGUCUAGAACCGAAAUCAGUGUAAAUGAAGUUGUGUGUGUUCUGAAACCACUGUGCCAUAGGUGACUGACUGUGUGUGCUGCUGCACAGAAGAAUUACUUUGAAGACAUUGUAAUACAACCAGAUUGUAUUUUUACCUAUUAAGAUAUUCAAAAGAAUCGGUUUUGAACGUUUAUUCUAAAUUUCCCUAUUUAAUAGUUGACACAUAUAUACAUCUAAACUGUAACUGCACUAAAAUGUGCAGAUGUUUGUUGUGGAAUUGGUAACAUUUUUGUUAGUUUCCAUACUUUCACGUAAUGUCACGCUAUGUUUUUAAAGACAUAUUUCAUGAAGCACAAGAAUAUUUUUUAUUAAUGAUGAAUUUUCGAGGGGUAUUAUGGGACGCUUUAGUAAGUGUAGGUGAUGCGGUGAAUCUCAAAAAGAAAUGUUUAACCGCAAAAUCAAAAGAAAUAUUUUGAAGUAAAUAAAAUGAAGCUUAUUUUGGCAUUAUUUGUCAAAAAUAAUGCUUUUUUCUUUCUGCAAAAGGUCUUAUUGUUCUUUUGAUUUUGGGUGAAAUAUGAACAUUCAUUUUUUUUUGUGAGAUCAACCCAACCGGUCCUGAAGUUUUGGCACAGUUGUUACAGAUGUUCUGACACACUGAUAGAUGUUUAUUGGAAACUUGCACUAGGUUGUUACCAAUUCUUUUCUUUUCAAUACCGUUAUUCUGUCAAUUUCACUUUAUUUUGUGAUUCUUCUUCUUAUUUUUUUCGUCUAAAGUGCUUGAUGAAUGCUACUGGAUGAUUGUGUAUUAUUAUUCUCUUUCAGAUAUAACACAUUUCUACCCUCUUUUUGCUUUUUGUUUGUUUUCCCCUCUUUUGUGUCAUGAUGUCAAGUAAGUGAGAUGCAUUUCAAUACUGUAUAAUUCUAUUGACAGACUGAUUGUCAACUAUAUCAGAUGUAAAAAAGCUCUUUUCCCCCCCCUUAAUGUCUCUGCUAGAAUUUAUCUCAAAGAGAUACAUACCUGCUCAUCUACUUUUGGAAAUGAUAGUUUUUCAUAUUAUAGACAAAGCUUUUGUAGCUCAUGAUCAUUGCGAACAGAAUGCUGCAGUCUAAAUAAAAUUAUAGGUUGGACAGUAA